AUGGAAGGCGAAAAGAAAAGCAUGCCCCCGAGUCCGGGAUCGAGUUGGGCAAAAGAAACCGGCCAAAUAGACAUCGAGGCGGCUACGACACCAGAUGGCCUCAAACUGCAUCCCCAGCCUACCACUGAUCCUCUCGACCCCCUCAACUGGACCAAGUUGAGGAAAAAUACCAUCUUGGCCAUUGUCAUGUUCAAAUACUUCCUAUUCACCUAUCUCACGACAACCACCGUCCCUUCCUUCCCCGACAUCCAAGACCAGUUCGGCAUCUCCUUCUCCGAGGUCAACUGGACCGUCGCCAUCCCCGCACUCGGUCUCGCCGUCGGUCCUCUACUAUGGUCCUCCCUGAGCGACAUCUACGGCCGACGCAUCAUUUUCAUCGUCGGAUCCGUCAUCUCUCUAGCUGCGACCUGCGGUGCCGCUGCCGCCCCUACGUACGGGGAUACAUGGCGGCCCGCUUCUUCCAAGGUCUCGGCGUCAGCCCGGCGGCAACCGUCGGAAUGGCAGUUGCGUGGUCAAAAGCUCGGCCUCUGGGUUCUCGCCCUCGACACCGGUCUCUUGGUCGGUCCCAUCUUCGGCGGCUUCCUCAACCUCGCCAGCGCUGCUUGGAUCAACUGGUUCAACGCCAUCCUCUUCGGCGUCCUGCUCGUCCUCGAACUCCUCUUCAUGCCCGAGACCCUCUACCCCCGCAACCUCAUGCUUUCCCGCAUGCCCCCGAGCCCCGAAUCCCCCGACCUCACCGACAACGAGAAGAGCGACCCGGUUCCCGCCCCGCCCAGCGACAUCGAGCUGCCCCGUACCACCGCCCUCCCUUUCCUCAACUUCAAGCCCGUCCCUGGUCUCCGACACCCCAAGCCGUGGGAUACCAUUAUCCGCUUCGCCCUCACCUUCAAGCAGCCCGUCGUUGCCCUCGCCGUCCUGGGCUACUCCUUCAUCUGGUACUGGUGGGUGCUGUCCGUCGUCACCAUGGCGCCCGCCGCCUACGCGCAGUACACCCCUCUCAUCCAGGGUCUACUCUUCAUCGGCCUCUUGCUCGGCACUGUCUUCUCCGAAAUCUUCUGCUCCGGAAGGCUCUCCGACUGGAUCGUGGCCCGGCUCGCAAAGAAGAAUGGCGGCAGCCGAAUUCCCGAGAUGCGGUUGUGGCUUGCCUAUCCUGCCCUGGUCAUCACGGCUGUGGGCUUGAUUGUCUGGGGCAUCAGCAUCGACAAGGGCUACCACUGGAUGGUUGGCCAGGUUGCUUUCUUCCUCUUCGCUGCCGGCAUUCAAAUGGGCAACACCGUGACGAGCAGUUACAUCGUCGACAGCUACCCACUCCAGUCUAUGAGCGUCAUUACCUUUUAUGCCGUCUUCAUUAACCUCAGCGCCUUCAUCAACCCUUUCUUCAUCGCCGUGUGGCAAGAGUCGUCAGGCUGGACCAUGACCUUUGCCGGACAGGGCAUCAUCGUGUUCUUUGGUGGCUUGAUCCUCUAUGGCGGCCUCCAACUCUUUGGUGGCAAGCUCCGCGAGAAGACGCCACAGCCGACCUGGGUCAACCCAGAGUUUGACACUACCCUAUAG